UCACAUUCUCCUCACUGAGUGCAGAAGAGACUCUUCUCACAAUAUCACACACUCUCAUAAAGACAAGAACACAGAGGCCUUUACACACUCGCAUCCAGAUAGGUAUUUUGGCAACAUGUCCAAAAAAAGCCUUUCACGCUGCAAUGGAUAUUGGUGGGCUGUUUAACCCUAAAUUUUGCUGAACACUUCAAAUCAAGGGAAUGGAACAUUAACACUGGUGUAUUCAAAUUAUGAUGAACAUCUAAAUACUUCAGAAAGGAGCUUUUCCUUACUCCCAUCAGUGAAGACUGCUGGAACAGCUGUAUUGGACUUUCAUGAUGAGCUUGAAAAGAAGAAAACCAGGCAUGGCGUUUAGCUGGCACAAGUCAUUUACCAUCCUUACACCUUGGAGGAAAGGUAAAGGGGAUAUGGCUUUAGAAAGUGAGGUUGUGCUGACAAAGAUGAAGUUCUUCAAAAACUUCCAGGAGAAACUCUUAAAUACUGAGGACUCUGUGUCAAACAUGUCCAUGCCUGAGCAGGAUAUUCCUACACCACUCCAGGCUGAAGAAGCAAGCUCUGUCAACAGUGCAGCACCUGAACCAAACAUGGCGGAUUCAAAGAAAGACUAUUUAUCUGCAAUUUUUUCCAGUACACAGUUGCCAGGUUUGUACAAAUUUGAAUCAGAGGACUCUGGUGUAGAGAUGCAUAGUGGCGCGAACUCACCAUCUACUCCAACGGGUUCAGAGCAGAGCUUUGUUGUUCACAGUAGAGAGUCUUCAUGUGACUCUGGCAAUCCCAACCCACAUGUACGAGCCAGCAGUCAUUUGCUCUCACUGGAAAAGAGUACAGAUUCCUUACAGACUGACGCAACAUCAUAUACAUAUGCCCAAGAAACCAAUAUCACAGUAGUACAAGACAGACCAGAGGAUGAGGUGGAUAAUGUUCAACUGGAGGUUGUAAGAAAUUCAGAAAGGUUAGAGAAUGAAACCUUGGUGAAAGCCUCAGAAAGCUGUGAGGAUGGAUCAGUAUGUACAGAGAUAGUAGACGCAGUAAUAGACGGUGAUGCUGAUGAGGACACAGGACUAACGAUCCAUACCAAUGACACAUAUGAAGGGAACAUGGAAGUGGAUUUGCAACAUCAGCCAUUAAGGAAAAGCACAACGAGUGACAGUCUGGAUGAAUACAUGGAUGAGUGCUGCAGGCUUAGUGAGGUGAGCCAGGCUCAGUCUAACCCACUGGGCUCAGGACUGGGCUACCUGGAACACAUCUGCCAGCUAAUCGAGAAAAUCGGACAGCUACAGGAGCACAACCUCAAACUUCAGAAACAGAUAUGUAUCCUGCAUAAGGAAAGCAAGACAAAGAAAACUAAGGAGGAUUUCUUCCAACAGCAUUGUCACUGUGGGGCAGCCAGUUUGGCUUAUCAGGAGUUAAAGAGACAUUCACGCAGUGACUUCUUCAGCCUAACAGCAUCCAGUGGCACACUGUCUGACCUAACCACCAUUCCUGAGGGCACACAUAUCCCACUUAGGCCAGUUUUCAGCAAUUGUGAAGGAGGCUGCCAGCAGAUUAUGCCUGUGUGGAGAAAAGGCUUUAACAGGAGGAGCUAUGCAGAGGGGGAGGCCAGAUACCUGAGUGACAGCUCAGAGGUUCUCUCUGCUCCCCAUAGACGGCCAGAGAACUAUACAUGGGGCAGGGUGAAGGAGUUGGUAAAGAAGAGCAAGCUGAGGAACCAAAGCCGACUGGGUCUGUCAUCCAGCUCCUUCAAGAGGUCAUGUCCACAGUUAUACAGGCCUGAAUUGGGGCAAAUGGAACUGUCCAGAAGAGACAGGAACUCUAUGAUUGUCCUCGGGCAUCAAAAACUGGACUAUCACUGGCCUCACUAGCACUGAUCAGCUGGACACUGAACAGAUGCCGUAUGAUGAGAAAACAUUUCCUUGAAGAGGAGGACACGCUGAAGUUGUACAGAACAUGGGGAAAGGUAGAACGAGAAAAGGGAGGACAAGAAGAUGAUGAUGAGAAAGUGAUCUGAUUGAUUAGAGAAGGGUACCGAUAGAAAACUGAGGUGGCCCUCAUAGCUCACAUAUAAAAUGUUCAACAAAAAUAUCUGUAUGUGUGUAUAUGAGUGUACAAAGGACCUACACAUAUGACUGGCUCAUUUUCAUGUUGUACGUUAGAUUCUAUGUAUGAAUGUUAAAAAAGGAAAUGUUUUGGGCAUUUGUAUAGUGUAUACAGUGCCAUGCACAUGGUGUGUUACUAGAAAGUAGUAUAACAAAUGAGAGAUUUUAUCUCAGAACAGUAUAAAUUUCAAUAUAUUCUUAUAAAUAAAUAAAAAUAACAGAAAUAUUAUUUAAUUCAAUAAUAGACUGUGUAAAAAUAUAAUCCGUACUAUUGGCUGCUUUAGCUUGGACCAUUUCAUUGGAUCUCCAUCUAUUUCUGUAAAAUAUCUAAAAGAUGUCCCAACACUAACAAGAAAUGAAAUACAUGAGAUACUGUUAAGCAAUCUACAAUACAUUUUGAAAAACAAAAAAGGCCUUGAAAAUAAUGUACUAGAACGUUGAGCCUUGCACUGUAGCUGAUGGUCCUGUGGUCUGCCUGACUGUCAGGUGUUACACACUAUUCAUGAUAAUACAGGUAUAUUACAUCAUAGCCAGUCUGGCAGGAAUGUCACCAAAAUGUAACUGCUAUGUUAUGUAAAUAUAUUACAUUCACAGGACAGCAUGCAGUGAAUUGAACAAGACAAACUGGCUUAAGUGUUUCUUUGCCCAGCGCAAAGUCAAGUCAGUACACAACAAUAGCCUUGUAACUUACCAUAUCAUACAUAGAGUUACAAAAUAAUGUAAGCAUUAUUUGUGUGUUUUUACAGUGUGUUAUUUCGGUUGGGUUAAAGAGCAUUAAAGACUAGGUGGUUUACUGUAUAUUGUAUACUUGCAAUAUUGUAUUUACAAGUUUACAUGCAGAAUUUUUCAGAUGACUACAGAAAAAUGUGUGUUGAUGUAUUAAAAAGAACUUUGUUGAGAGUUGUUCUUAUUCUGUGUAUUGUACUAUAUCCAAAUGGAUGGAAUAUUUCAGUAUGCAUAUUGCAUUCCUAUUCCAUAUUAUUUUUAAUAAAUAAAAUGUGAUAUUUCUAAUAAA